AUGGACAUUAAAAGUGAAAAACUUAUACUAUUUAUUAGCACAACGGAAUUUAAUUACAAAUUUGAAAAUUUAUUAAGAUCUAAAUACAAAAUCAAUCCAUUUGAUUUGGCAACUUAUCUAAAUGGAAAUAUUGAUUGCCAUAAUCAAAAGUUUAUAUUGCUUUCCACACCUUCAUAUGGAAGAAAGAUUUAUUUCAAAGCAGAAAAAGUGAACAAAGACAUUGAAACUCAAGGAUUUGUAAUUGAUAAUAAUAAUUCAUUGGGAUACAACGAAAAUUAUUCAUUCGGAACUGAAUUAAUGGCUUCAAUUGGAAGAUAUGAAUACUUAAUUGAUGAAACACCAGUAAUAUUAAAUAUAGAAAAGGAUGAUUCAAGGUCAAGAACGUACUUCGUUUCUCACGAGUGUAAAGAUAUACUAUAUAAUGUAGGUGAUGAUCAAUGGGAGGAAUUUCCUGUAUUCAAAGAGGUCACAGGUACACCUUUAACUAUAAAAUCAAAAUCAGGAACGAAAAGUCUGAAAAUUCACGUUUUUUUAACAAACUCUAAAAAUUAUUCUCACUUUGAUUUAGUUUUGAACCCAGAAAAUGGCAAAGUAUAUGUUGGAGAAACAUCCAGCAGUUCAGAAAAAGUCGUUUUUUUAUUGUGGUAUCCAAUGAAUUUCAAAGAAUACUUUAACUAUACAGUAAAGGUAGCUGAAAAUAGACCUGUUCAAAGUCAUAAUGCAAAUUAUCCCUUUCAAAAUGAAUAUGAGUUUCAAAACGUUUUUUAUGUACUCUAUGAAUUUACUUCUCAAAGUACUUUUACAUUUGGUGGCUAUGAUUUCAAUUCAUUGUUCCAAGACGAACAAACAGGUUUAAAUAGAGGAAUUUAUCAUGUCGGUUCAGAACCAUUGAUUAAAGAAGGACAACAAAGUGACAUUGAACACUUUACAAUAUUCAACAAACCACUACCAAGUACCACAUCAAUUUCAUUCAAAGAAGAUGAAUUAAGAACUAUUGUUCUUUCUUCCCGUUUCGGCUAUUAUUCUCUUUUAAUGUUCAAGAAUGCACAUGAAUUCAUAUGUGAAGAUGGUUCUCCUGUUACCCCAGCAUAUUCUUCAAAGUUUGAAGAAACUGUUCUAAACAAAAUUAAACCUAGAUCUGGAUCCCCCACACUUGAAAUUCAAUAUGAUUCACAAGCUUUUAAUUCAAAUGACAGAAUUGAUGUAGUAUACAAUAUGUUUGAUAUUGCUGUUAAAUUUUCAUCAAAAAUAAGCGGAAAAAUGUAUGUCAUAUCAUCUGUGGAAUCAGAACUUUGCGUUAUCAAUGAUUUUGGGCGUUCUAUUUCUACAUACAAAGGAACAUUUUCAGGAUUACUAAUGCAGAAGGAAUUUUAG